GCAAGCAGACGGCUUCUCCUCUCCUCGGCUGAAUCUCCGGCGACUGCAGCGCCAGCACCACCGAGAACAUGGGACGUCAUUGCAGCCAUGGUUUCUAGCUCAUCUGCGACUUCACGAUUCAGUUGCGAAUUCAGUCGUUUGAACUAGCGUGAUUCAGUUUCAAUGCCACCAUUACAGAAGGGCGAGGAAGACACCACCUUCUCGUCGUGAUCCCCAUGUACAUUAUGCGCUAGCUCAUGACACAGGGUCUGCCGUACUUCAUUCUUGUUCAGUCCGAGCAGAUCCGGUCGCUCACGGGGGUCUAGUUCAGUCAAGACACCCACGGAGAAGGAAUGCAGCUUCAUGACAUGUUGGAUCGCCUUAUCAUUCGACAAGCGACGCAGGUAAUUCAGAGCAGAGUCGGGUUCGGGAAGAUGAGGUAGGGGAACGAUGUUGUGGAAUCGAUACGACUUUCCAGCAGAGACUUCGAAGGGAUCGAAACCUUGACGGGAGCUUUCAAAGCCCUCUCUCUUAGAAUUCGUUCCCGUUUGCGGGCCUGUGCCUCAUUGGCUUGCAUUUCGUCCAACUCUGAUAGUGUUGGCCCAACCAACUGGAUCUUGAUACCGUCCUUGAAAUUUGCUUGUCGGAGUGUCAUAUCAGGUUGGAUUCCACCCUUAGGACUGCCCUUGUAAAGCAGCUUCUGAAGAUUCGGAGGGACCAAGGUCAAGUCCUCCAGUGCAGCAGACAUGUCUGCUACGGCGCUUUCGGGAGAAAGCGAUAGUCGAUGCUGAGUUCCUCUUCUACCGCAACUUGAUACAGACCGAGCACUGAAGAUCAUGUAUUCUCCUGACGGGGGUAUGACGGUCACUCCACGAAUGAGAGAACUGAUUUCUCGCCCCGGAAAACUCAAAUCUAUGGAAGGUGGCCAGGAACUCCGGGACUUGUAUCGAGCUGGAAGCAUCGACAUGGAUCCAUUCAAAUUCUCUCGAUUCGGGUUCCAUGUCUUCACUGGCACGCUCGAACUAGUGAAAGAGGCCGUGGAAAAUGGUACCGCUCCCGACUUGGCGGGAUACGAGACUGCCUACCAGACCAGUUAUGCUUCGCUGGUUGCCCUGGGCUCUCAACGCUUUCGUGAUGGUCCACCACAAAGCGGGAAACACCUUGAAACACUCAAGUACCUGCUCUCGAAGGGUCUCCCCCCAGACGGAGAAGACAUCGUUGGCUAUACGGCUGUGCAUCAUCUAGCCUCGUCCCCCGAGCCGAGAGAUGAACUGCUGCGGUGCCUGCUGGAGAACGGGGCGAAUGUCGAUCAUCAGAACCGAUAUGGAGAGGCAAGUUCUGUUGCUAGUGUCUCAGACAAUCGAAUUGACACCCACGGAUAUUGCAGAGUUGCGAGGUACUGUUCCGUCGACUGCCAGAGAAGCGCAUGGCCGACCCACAAACGCACCUGUAACCCUUUCUCUCACUCGAACACCGUCGUCCUGAUGCCUCACUAUCAUGCCUACAAUAACACAAUUCCUACCGCAGACCUCACGCGGCGCGCUAUGGGUUAUCCCUCGGAAGCUGAAGCCUGGUCCAAGAACAAGAUGCGUGGUGCCCAUGCUCCCAAAAAGGUCGAUAAAGAAUCCAAAUCAAUUACCAUCAAAGUCCAAGUGCCUUGGAACUUCCAGGGCGAUUUGGAAGCGUCGAAGAAGAGCUCGGGAGAUUUGCUGGUGUAUACGAAAAAGCGAGACUUUGCUUGUACGAUCAGGAAGCGGGACGCGCCCGCUGAGUAUGAUCGAAUUGCAGCAGUCGUCAGGGAGAAGGGUGUUGGGGGUGCAAAGGCUUAUUUCGCUGCUGAGCUGGAAAGCAGGGAUCGGCUGGUCGUCAAAGUGACAGAAGUUCUUGCUGAACAGCCGUGGUAAAGACCUGUGAGAAGUGAUUCAGAUAUCUCUGUGAUUGUACAAUUACUCUCAAUGAACGGACUCGAGUUCAAC